UACAAUCCGUUAUUUUUUUCAUUAACACGCAUACGUGCGUACUCCGUAAACUGUUCAAUUUCUCUCUUAGUGUAUAAAAUAGAAAUUUUUUACACACUAACUCAUGGAUAAGAUAUGAAAAGCGAUGAGAUUGCAAUCGAAAACAUUUCCGAAGUAAAAACUGUCAUUUUAUCUUCGCCGCGGAAAGGACAGGUAAUUAACGCUGUGUCCGAGGGAGCUCAAGCGUCCGGUUCCAGCAACUCCAGCGACAGUUCGCCCUCCGAUCUCAGGAGACGACUUCAGGACUUACCGUCGCCGGACGAGUUCGAUCUUGUUGCCGAUCGUGUGGCCGCGCUCGGUCGACGUAUCUGCCGUAAACGCGAGCUUUUCUUACGUCUGCAGGGAGUGGCGGGCCGAAUCGAGGAGAAGGACGAGUGGGAAGAGAGGGAAUCGACGACAGGAUCCGGGAGCUCCUUGACCAGACUGAAAGACGCGCGAGCCCGAAGAAGGGCGCGAGCUCGCUUUUCGGAAAGUUCGUUCGACAACAAAGCGAUGGUGAUUUCGCAAGCUGGCAAAUCGAGUGCCAGCGAGUUUUCUGCCGAUCGAUCGACACGCGAUAACGAUUAUUUGCACUUGCCCGCGAUCGAAAUGUCCCGAAGACAAUACCGAUCCUCUUCCGUGUCCGAACCGUGCUCAACGCGUUUGUCCCAUCAGAACAGAGACGAACCGAACGAAAUUAGAAUCAACAGAUAUCGGAACUUCACGUCCCGCGAUCACGACGAGUCGAAAUCGGCCGAUCUUCCGUCGGUCUCGUCGUUUUCCAUCAGCAAAAUUCGACCGAAAAAAUUCGGAGGAUAUCGCCCGUCGUCCGGUGUCGUCGUGAAGAACCUGAGCUCCGAGAGCUCCGAAUCGGAAUCGGCCGCCAACGAAACCAAUCCCGUCCGAAACAUUGACGAUGCGACCUUGGAACUAUCCUCGCCGGAAUCUAAAGUCGUUAACGGACCCGUGAAGAAGAUGCCUAUUAUGUCCGCGAGAAGCGACAUCACGGAGUCGAUACUGCCGAGUCUUUUGCCGUCGGCACGAUCGUAUCACGAUCGUCCGGUUUUUCAAGACGCUCCGCGAAACUGCGCCGCCGAGCGAAUAAGCGACGUAAGGAAAAAGCCGUCACGAGACGUGUUGUUAUUCUCCGCGAGAAAUUUCACGUCGGAUUCGGAGGAACUAGUGACGAGCGCUCGCGACGAAAAAAUGCGAAUCAAAGACAACGUUAGACGAGCCAUAUCGGAGUUGGAAGACAAACUCAGAGCCUAUGACGAGGGACUCGAGAGUUGUCGCAUUUUCGCACCGCGAGCGCACGACAAUCAAGAUCUUAAUCCUUCGACAAAUCGGUCCGAUCUCGAAGGCGAUUAUUCCGAAAAUAUUGACGACGAUGUUCGCGAUGACACUGAGAAACGGAAUCAAUCGAAGAAUACUUACGCAAAAAAAGUCGAGAACACGCCGCGUUUAUUCGAAGAGAAAAUUAAAAACGACGCUACGGAAGACGCGUUGUCUCAAGCCUCGGAUGCGAUUCAGAGCGAGAAUCGCAGUCAAUCGUCGUGCGCGGCGAAAUAUUUGCAGAAACCCACGUCGAGCGGAAGAUCCAAGAACGGCGGCGCCGAUUUACACGGCAGAUGCGAUCAGGAGAUUAAUCGCGUGAUAAACGUUCCCACGCUCGCGUUAGACUCGCAAGAUAUUUCGUACUCGACGUCGGCAGGCAGCCGAGAAUGUUCCGUUACCCAAUCUCUCGACCCUCGCGCGCUGAUCAAAGCCUUAUCAACCGUAUCUCUAAAACAAGAGGAAAACGUUUCGAGGAAACUCGAGCGCUUUUCUCGCAACGAUAAGAUCGAUACGUCGGACUUUUCCACGAAAGGAGAAACGUGGCGCGUACCGAGAUCAUCGAGUACCGAGUUAUCCGCCAAAUCGUUGUCGCGCGCUCCUUCCAGGAUACCCGUCAGGAUCUCGAGCAGCAAGCUCGCCUUAUCGGCCAGUGGCGCGAGCAAACCAUCGGGAUUUUUUAAACAACCGGAGAAUUCGAACGCGGUCGCGAGCGACGAGAAAGCGAAAUUCACCGAUCGGAAUGGAAUUCAGAAGAAACGUGUCGUCGCUCGUCAGCGAUCGGAAGUGGAGUUGCUUUAUUGUCAGACUCGCGAACGGGAUUCCUCGUUGGAAUCCAAUGCGAAUGAGAACGUUGAGGCGAGCGACGAAGAGAUGGAAUACGAAGCCAACGGUUACAAGCCGAGAGGCUUUUCGACCGUUUCGAAUCGGCGAAGUGUCACGUACGAUGACUGCGUCACUUACGAGAAGACGCAACGUUCGUCGGAGACCGAAUUCGGAGCGGAUAGCAAAACAAGUUGCCCGCCUGUGUUUUUUACCAAACCGACGUAUUCUGAUAAUCGUCAUCAAGAUUGCGCGAAGAUCGAUGCGCGAUCGAAUCGGAGCACGUCCCGGGAAAGUGCGAUAACCGCAAACGUCACGAGCGCCACCGAAUCGCCGUGUUUGUCGAGAUACAAGAAGAACGAAUCGCGUUAUGUCGAAUCGUCGAGAAAUAUAGAAGAAAAUUUUACGUGGCGAACGGAAGACGAAUGUGCGUCGAUAAGGGACGAGGAAAAUCCCGAAAAUGUGGAGUAUGAAGUUCAUGCUCGCGAAUCGUGCGACGAGUCGACGGAAGAGCCACAUUCAACGAAGAGAGAUCGCUUCGAAGUAUCGAUGAAAGGAUUAUCCAAUUUACAUCAAUCGGGAAUCGAGAAAGUUGCCAAGAGGCAACGAAUCGGCGACGAUCUUCGUGAAUUUAACGAGAACAGAUCGAACCGCGAUCCGAGCACCUCGGAAUCCACCAAGGUCGCGCAGUCGGAGGAUCUGGCGUCUCAGGUGCACAAAACGCAGGAGAUCUGUAGCUUGAUCGCGAAUAUGUCCUCGUCGUCGUUGAAUUACGAGCAGAAAAGAAGGAAGAAGAGCCAGGAACGUUUUCCCUUCACGAUUUCAGAGGCGUCGGGAAUGUUCUCGACGGAACGUAAAAACAUGUGCGAUUGUCGCGAAUCGCUCGAUAAGAAGAACCGUCCCGCGGACGCGCGACACGAAGAGAAAACCGCGCACCGGCUGACGACGCAUCCUAGCAUAACGAGAUUGGCCGUUUCGGGCUUGCCGGAAACAAUGGGAGAAAUUCUGAGCUGCGCCAUGCGGCAAGAGAAAGAAACAACGUCUUCCAAGUCCAAAUUACGAGCGAUCAUGCGAAUAUUUUCCUCAAAAUCCAAGAAGAAGACGAAACAAUCAAACAAUAGCAAAUCAUUAUUGGAAGCGACCGAGAUCAUUUACAAAAAUCGCGCCUGUCAAGCGGAUUCCAGAGCUAACAGUUGCUCGGGUGAUUCGAUCACUCACGGAACGAACUCGAUGAAUGACGACGAGCCCGGCAAUAAUCGUCGGAUCGACUGUAACGUAACGAGAUAUCAGAUUACUCGAUCGAAUCCCGCACUGGUCUCUUCAGGAAACGCUUUGAGAAAGACGGAGAGCCUCGAAGCAAUUGAUCGGGAACAUCCCCGCAGACGAUACGAUCGGGAUGAUCUGUGGGUUCGGGAUCCUUCAUCCGAGGAGAAGAUUAAUGAAACGCGAGAAAACGACAAGAACAACACGAGAGAAAGUUCGGAUGAUCGCUACUCAAUUUUUUUUGCGAAAAAUCUCGAAUCCGAUAGACUAUCGGAAUCGAACAAUUCUCCGAAAGACGAACGCGACGUAAUAACGUCCGGUCGCGCGCUGCUGUCGGACAAGAAGAGCAAACAGAUUCCAUCGAAUUGUGUCUCCGAUGAAGAGGAUGAAGACGUGACCGGUUGUUUCUGUUUAAAACUAUGUCGCCUUUUCGCUUCUUCGUCCAAGAAUCGAUCAUCGGUCAAAGAACAAAUACCUUUAUCUUCGAGAGCUGAAAAUUCGGUUUCCCUGCUGCUGAAAAGAAAGAAAUAAUGUUUUGUCAUUUCAUAGAAGAUAAUUUUCAUAGAAAUAUCGACAAUUGAUACUUCACCACGUUACAUCGGAUGGCAAUAUCAUCUUCAUUAUCGACCGAGAAGAAGUAUUUACUAUCGAUACAACAAGUUUUUCUCGUUUCCGCAUAAAGUAAUUUCUGCUA